AUGUCUAGUCCACCCGUUAAUGCAGCCGAGCAGUAUCUCAAGAGAUACGAGAUUGACAGCCGUUCAAUCUACGUUGGCGGCCUACCCUUCAACGUCACGAACCUCGAUGAGAUCAUUGAGGCCGCUGCGGGACAGUAUGGAGAGAUCAAGGGUCUACAGGUGAUCCGAAAGCGAGGUAAGUAA